UGUUGAUCUCAGUUCAAACUGCAUAUAUUCCGAGUAGCUCGUGAGAAAACACGUGAGUGAUAUCAUGCGCACGAUGAGAUGGGCAGCUCGAAAAAAUUCCAAUCUCCAUACAAAAUAUAUUUGUAGAUUUUUCACGUAAACUAUAUAUCCGUUUCAUAUCCAGCAGAAUCAAGCAAAACAUGGCCAAAAACGUCAACUCUAAGGCCAACGGCAAGAAGAGUGGUUCUGUCAAAAGAGCUUUGAAAGAAAAGAAACAGCCUGAGCCGGAAUUUUCGGAUUCUGAAGAUGAUGAAGUCGACCAGGAAAAGCUAGUUGAAGAAUUAGAUGAAGAUUUCGACGAGGUAGCCAAUAUGCUUGGUGCUGAUGUGACCGAUCCCGAAGAAAAGAAACAAUCCAAGCUUGAAAGAAAGAGAAAGAGAGACGAGGAGGCUACUGCAGAAUAUACUAAGCCAGAAGUUGUAGAUAAUGAAGAUGAUGCUCAAAACGACAAGUUUGAAGAUGCCGGAUUAUCUGAGCCCACCAUGAGGGCCAUUCUGGACAUGGGAUUCAAGACAAUGACUAAGGUGCAAGCCAAGACUAUUCCACCAUUGUUGGCUGGAAAAGAUGUAUUGGGAGCUGCUAAGACUGGGUCUGGUAAGACGUUAGCAUUCUUGAUUCCUGCCAUAGAACUUUUGUACUCAUUGAAGUUCAAGCCUAGAAAUGGAACUGGUGUCAUCGUCGUUUCUCCUACAAGAGAAUUAGCAUUACAAAUCUUUGGAGUUGCCAGAGAGUUAAUGGCCCACCAUACACAGACGUUUGGAAUUGUAAUUGGGGGUGCCAACAGAAGACAGGAAGCCGAAAAGUUGGCUAAGGGUGUCAACUUGUUGAUCGCUACCCCAGGAAGAUUGUUGGAUCAUUUGCAGAACACACAGGGAUUUGUAUUCAAGAACUUGAAGGCUUUGGUUAUCGACGAAGCUGAUAGAAUUUUGGAAAUCGGGUUCGAAGAGGAAAUGAAACAGAUCAUCAAAAUUUUGCCUAAGGAAGAAAGACAAUCCAUGUUGUUCUCGGCUACGCAGACUACCAAGGUGGAAGACUUGGCCAGAAUCUCAUUGAGACCUGGUCCAUUGUAUAUAAAUGUAGUACCGGAAACGGCAGCAUCUACAGCUGAUGGCUUGGAACAGGGUUAUGUAGUAUGUGAUUCCGACAAGAGAUUCUUGUUGUUAUUCUCGUUCUUGAAGAAAUACUCCAAGAAGAAGAUCAUUGUGUUUCUUUCUUCUUGUAACUCAGUCAAGUACUUCGGUGAGCUCUUGAACUACAUCGACUUGCCAGUAUUGGAUUUGCAUGGUAAACAGAAGCAACAGAAGAGAACCAACACCUUCUUUGAAUUCUGUAACGCCAAACAAGGAACUUUGGUGUGUACUGAUGUAGCAGCUAGAGGCUUGGACAUUCCAGCCGUCGACUGGAUCAUCCAGUUCGAUCCUCCUGAUGAUCCAAGAGACUAUAUCCACAGAGUCGGUAGAACAGCCAGAGGCUCGAAUGGUAAGGGUAAGUCGUUGAUGUUCUUGACUCCAUCCGAAUUGGGCUUCUUGAGAUACUUGAAGGCUGCUAACGUUCCUUUGAACGAAUACGAAUUCCCCACCAACAAAAUCGUCAAUAUCCAGUCACAAUUGUCGAAGUUAAUAAAGAGUAACUACUGGUUGCACCAAUCAGCCAAGGAUGGCUACCGUUCAUAUCUUCAAGCAUACGCUUCUCAUCACUUGAAGACGGUGUACCAAAUCGACAAAUUGGAUUUGGUCAAGGUGGCUAAGUCGUUUGGUUUCGAUGUUCCCCCUAAGGUGAACAUUACUAUCGGAGCCAGUGGAAAGUCAAUAGAAAAAAAGCAUAAGAAGCAAAAGAGAGCUUAGGGUAGAUAAAUAGAAAGCAUAAUCCUGAAUGUACAUUAGAUAG